AGACACCAGCGACUCGAGUCAUCGAACCGAAUCAGCAGCCGUGCAAGUCUUCAAUCCCGCAACGGAGACAUUUCUUCAAAACUAGAGGUACCUGGUUCUAUCGAACCUGCUUUGCGCUUACUGCACAUAGAAAUUCUAUCAUUAUCUUUCCUGGUACUCCGUAAACCCGCCCGGAACCACUUCUGGAGCUUAGUUACUAGCCCGAAUAGCAUCAACCACAAUGGCGGACAAAUUUAGCUCUCCACCUCCAGCCUAUCCUCCACCGGCCCAUACGGGAAACUACCCGCCUCAAGGUGCCUCACAAGACUACUAUGGCGGCCAGCAACCGCAAUAUCCUCCGCCACAGCAAGGCUACUAUCCUCCUCCUCAGCAGGGCUAUCCACAGCAAGGAAUGUAUUACGGGCCCCCUCAGCAAGGAUACCCGCCGCCACAGGGACAGUAUGUCGAAGAUCGAAGAAAAGAUAUGGGAACUGGCAUAUGUGCUGGUAUAUUAGGUGCCUUAGCGUGCUGCUGCUGUCUCGAUAUCAUCUUCUGAGUGCUCAGAAUCGGGCAGACUUGGGAGCAGCUUGUGGGGAGACAGAUGUUUUCCUUUUCUCCUCUCUUUUUUCCCGGGCAGCUGGUGGUGUUUUGGUGGUUAGCUUCUCGAACUUCUAGCUUGUGCUCCAUUAUUCGCUGAUGGUUCUUGCUUUAGAGUAUGUGCUAUGAGUUUUUCUCUUGUUCACUGGAGAUAUUAUUAUCUGGUUUGGCUGUUUGGAAGUGCUUUACAUUGAGCUUAGCAUGCAUUUUUUUUGUCUCUGCAGGUCGUAGUGGGCAGGUGUUUCUGUGAGAUGGUUAUCUGCUGUGUUCCUUGAAUUGCACUGACUAGGUACUUCAAUAUAGAUGAGGCAGUUCUCAUCUAGACAUGGAUUCUCCCUAGACUUCCUUUACGGAGCUAAUAUUUUUGCUUUGCAAAUGUCAGCAUUUAUUUUUUACUUUUAUUUUUAUUUUUAUUUUUAUUUUUGUUUUUUUUUUUUUGUGCUAUUUACUCCAAACUUCUCUUUUCCCAUGCGAAAGCUC